AUGGAAAAAAAAAUGAAGGAAUAUAAUACUGACAUCUCUAUAAAGGUAUAGAUUAUCAUUAAUGAUAGUAGAUUAAGAGUGGAAUAAAUAGAGCUUAAUUUUAUGAAAGAAUAUGGGGAAAAUAAUUUGACUAAUAUAUAAUAAUAGGUAAAAUCGGAAUAUUAUUGUUUAAAUGA